UUGGGUGGAGGAAGGAAACCGCAGAAGAAGCAGGCGGAGGGUGGGGUCGGCGGAGGGAGGAGCGCGGAUCCUGAAGGAGGGCGGUGGAAGGUCCGCCCUAGCGCGGCCGCAGAUCCGACGGGCUCCCAGGGACAGCCGGCCGGGCCGGAACUGCAGCGACCGCACGGGAAUGGGCUGCCCGGCCACCUAACGCCGCACAGCACCGGCCGCGGCCAGGGUCGAGCGGAGCGGCCGCUCAGCCAGAGCCAUGAACGGGGACGCCAUCUGCAGCGCGCUGCCUACCAUCCCUUACCACAAGCUCGCCGACCUGCACUACCUCAGCCGCGGCGCCUCGGGCACCGUGUCGUCGGCACGCCACGCGGACUGGCGCGUGCGGGUGGCCGUGAAGCACCUGCACAUCCACACGCCGCUGCUCGACAGUGAAAGAAAUGAUAUCUUACGAGAAGCUGAAAUACUACAUAAAGCUAGAUUUAGUUACAUUCUUCCAAUUUUGGGAAUUUGCAAUGAGCCUGAAUUUUUGGGCAUAGUUACUGAAUACAUGCCAAAUGGAUCAUUAAAUGAACUUCUACAUAGAAAAACUGAAUAUCCUGAUAUUGCGUGGCCAUUGAGAUUCCGCAUCCUGCAUGAAAUUGCUCUUGGUGUAAAUUACCUGCACAACAUGAACCCCCCUCUACUUCAUCAUGACUUAAAGACUCAGAAUAUCUUGUUGGAUAAUGAAUUUCAUGUUAAGAUUGCAGAUUUUGGUUUAUCAAAAUGGCGCAUGAUGUCACUCUCUCAAUCACGAAGUAGCAAAUCUGCACCAGAAGGAGGAACAAUCAUCUAUAUGCCACCUGAGAACUAUGAACCUGGACAGAAAUCAAGGGCCAGUGUGAAACAUGAUAUAUACAGCUAUGCAAUUAUCAUGUGGGAAGUGUUAUCAAGAAAACAGCCUUUUGAAGAAGUCACCAAUCCUUUGCAGAUCAUGUAUAGUGUGUCACAGGGACAUCGGCCUGAUACCAGUGAGGAAAAUUUGCCAUUUAAUAUACCUCAUCGAGGUCUCAUGAUCUCUCUAAUACAAAGUGGAUGGGCACAAAAUCCAGAUGAAAGACCAUCUUUCUUGAAAUGCUUAAUAGAACUUGAACCAGUUCUGAGAACAUAUGAAGACAUAACUUUUCUUGAAGCUGUUAUCCAGCUUAAAAAAACCAAGAUACAGAGUGCUUCAAGUAUUGUUCACUUAUGUGAUAAGAAAACGGAUUUAUCACUGAACAUACCUGCAAACCAUCCUCCACAAGAGGAAUCGUGUGGAUCCUCUCUGCUCUCCAGAAACACUGGUUCUCCUGGAACCUCCAGGUCUCUGUCAGCUCCUCAAGACAAAGAUUUUUCGUCUGGAGGAGUACCAGACUGCUCUUCACUGAAGCUGCAUCACUGUCCUGGAAACCAUAGCUGGGAUGGCACCGUGUCUGCAUCACAGAGGGCAGCCAUCUGUGAUCACAGACCCACGCUGUGCUCUCUGGCUAUAAUAAAUCCACUCCUGGUUGAGAAGAGUUCAGAGCGCCUGCAACCGGGUAUAGCCCAGCAGUGGAUCCAGAGCAAGAGGGAGGACAUCGUGAGCCAAAUGACUGAAGCCUGCCUUAACCAGUCGCUGGACGCCCUUCUGUCCCGGGACCUGAUCAUGAAGGAGGACUAUGAACUCAUUAGCACCAAACCCACAAGGACCUCAAAAGUCAGACAGCUACUGGACACCACUGACAUCCAAGGGGAAGAAUUUGCCAAAGUUAUAGUACAGAAGUUGAAAGAUAACAAGCAAAUGGGACUUCAGCCUUACCCAGAAGUUCCUGUGGUUUCCAGAACACCAUCUUCAAAUUUCCUUCAAAAUAAAAGCCUAUAAGUGAGUCUUUUUUGAGAGGAAAGUCAGUUUACAAAUGGUUAUUUAUAUGUCUGUUACCUGGAUAAUAUUUGUAUAAAAAUGUAAGAGUAUUAGACGCUUCACUGAAGGUUUUUUGGGAGAGAUAGUAUGUCUUCUUCCAUGACAUUGCAGUAUUUUUUUAAAUUAAUAUAAGUAAAAGUUUUGCAUUAUGCUGUGUAGUUUAGUUUUUUAUGUUAGUUUCGUUACUUGAACUUCUUUAUGUAAUAAUUACAUUUUUCUUGAAUAUAACAGUGCCUUAAGGUAGCCUUUGUUUCUGUUGGAAAACAUUUCCAAACUCACUUUAUCUGCAAUCUUCAUUUUCUCUACAAAUGCAAUUUGACUUUAUGUAGCAGUGAUAUAAUAUUCCCACUUUGCAACCCCAAGUUCAGAUCUCCAAAGGAGGUUGUUUCAAGCUAUACAAGGUGUAUAAAGAAGAAAAAAAACACCUUUUCUUACCACUGGCCAUGAAUCCACCUCUGUGGAGCCUUUGCCUCCCUCUGUCAGCCUGGUGAGCAAGCCAUUGCUCAUCCUGAUCAGCUGCUUCCUGCUCCUGUCUUGAGCAUAUGCUGGCUGGGUGGAGGCCCUUCCUUAGUGUUGCUGUUUUCUUUGGAACACAACAUGGUUUCCGCACUGAACGGUGCUGCAGGUACAAUCUUCCAGCUCAGAUACACAUCUAACUCAUUCUGUUCAGUUACCACACAAUAGCCAUGCUGCUCCAUUUUUUUAUUUUCUAGGCUUGUUCACACCAACUUCACCACAAACAAUAAAAAUAUAAU